GCAGCAGCUACCUGAACUGCAGUUUAACACAGAUUUUCGUAGGUGAACAUUCUGUGUCUCUCUAUGUGCCUCUGUUGGGGCAUUUAGGACACUGGGGUUGACGAGUUCAAGUUUUUUGCCUCAGCCCAGGUUCACAGACCUUCUCCCCCUUCACUUUAGUUAGCUGAGGACCUGGGUUCAGCCCUGCACACACGGCAGAUGCUCACACUUACUAGUCCCUUCAGUGUGGGCCUGCUGAAAGAGAAAAACACUUGAUGUUGUCUAGGGUGGACAGGCCCUGUUACACUGUCUCAAGUGUGGCUGAAAUGAUUUGUACCUCAUUUCACGGGCAGAUUGCUGGUUUCAAAAACAGUUCAAGGAUGAGAUGAAUCAUUUGUUGACAACUAUUGUGAAACAAUGGAUAAUUUCCCUAACACAGAUGGGGCCACUGUGUCCCUCCCGUUUUCCCUGGGUGGAGGGCCUCUCAGUGAUAUGGGGAUAAGCUUAUCUAUGUUCCUCAGCUCAGAGCACGAAGGUUCAGUCUCUUGGGAGUAGCUCCAUGGAAUUUGACCAAUAAAACUGCAGCUGGACCUUUGGACUGACCUGAUUGCUGAGGAGCGAGGCACCUUUCUGCUGUGAGAUGAACACAUUGUGGAGAAUGUGAACAGGGAACUUGUUCAUUCUCUCGUACAAAGGACCAUGGCAGCUGCAGAUCCUGCAAAAAACAUUAAAGAUGAAGCUACUUGUUCCAUCUGUUUGGAUUUAUUUACAGACCCGGUGACUACUGAGUGUGGACACAGCUUCUGCAGAGAAUGUAUCGCUCAGCUCUGCGAGGAAAAGGAGAUCGACAUUGUCUGUCCGCAGUGCAGGCAGACGUUCCAAAAGAGCAACUUAAGGCCAAACAGGGAGCUGAAGAAUAUUGUGGACUCAAUACCCCAGUUAUUAAGUUCAGAAAGACUGAGAAACCCUAUAGAAGAAAAUAUGUGUGAGACACACCAAGAGCCUUUGAAGCUCUACUGCAAAGAGGAUCAGAUCCCCAUCUGCAUGGUGUGUGAGAGAUCCCAGGCUCACCGAGCUCACACAGUGGUUCCUAUGGAGGAGGCUGUCCAGGAGUACUGGGAAACAAUAACAGAACAACUGGAGGUAAUUGAGUCCACCUAUGAAAAACUGCACCUACUUGUGAACAAGGACUGGAAACGCCUUCCUCAGAGUGCAGGAGAAAAGGCUCAUGAGAAGCUGAAGAGACUAAUUGACGAUGUAGGGAUUCUUUUAAAGGAGAAUAUAAAGGGCCCGAGGCAAAGGUUUGAAGAUCUCCCUUCUCAGACACAGCCACCUGAACCUGACUUGAAACACUUCCACCCUGGAAAGAAAAUUGCUGUGGAGACAGAGUUACAGGGACAUAAAGAGAGAGAAAACACCAGAGAGCGAGUGGCUGAGAAACAGGAGACGGCAAGUCACGUCAUUCAUAUCUGCGAAGAGGCUCCUACUCCCAAAUAUGGAUUUGAUCAUGCAUCCCUGGACCCAACAAUUCACAAUAUCAGUAACACAACAGAGGACAUUCAUCACAAG